UGCAGUCCACCUGAAUCCUCUUCCCUUGACAACAUGUGUUGUAACUACUGCGGCAACUCCUGUGGCUAUGGCUGUGGAAACAGCUACAGCUGUGGGUUCAGCCCCUAUUAUGGCUGUGGUUAUGGAACCAGAUAUGGCUGUGGAUAUGGGGCUGGCUGUGGAUAUGGUUCAGGAUAUGGCUGUGGAUUGAGCCCCUAUUAUGGCUGUGGAUACAGCUCCUGUUAUGGCUGUGGUUAUGGAACCAGAUAUGGCUGUGGAUACGGCUCCUGCUGUGGCUGUGGAUAUGGCUCUGGCUACCACAGUUAUGGGCCAGUCUGCUACAGGAGAUGUUAUUCUUCUUGCUGCUAGAACGUCACCACCCAAAACACCAUUUCUGUCUGAAACCACACAUCUAAGAUAAUGCUGAUUCAAG